AUGGAUAGAGAGAAGUUUCAGCAGAAGGCUCUGAAGCAAACUAAGCAGAAGAAAUCCAAGUCGGCUGAAUUUCUGAUGGUUAAAGGAGACAGAGAAGUUACAGAAGGCAUUGGAAAUCCAGCUUUUAACACGAGCAGCCCAGACCUCUCAGCACAUCAGACUUCAAAAGAGAAAGUUAUUAGACAUGACGUGCUGAAUCACACCCUUGCAGCUCACCAACAAAAAUGCAGGCUGCCAGCCUGUGUGGAACCAAAAGGAAAUGAAUACAGCAGAAAUUACUUUGACCCACUGAUGGAGGAGGAAAUAAACCCAAGGCAGUGUAGGAUGGAGGUCAGUAGAGAGGAUGAAAGGACCAAAGAGGAGACAUCAGAUUCGGAAUCACAUGUGAGUUCCGGUAAGAUUCAAGGCACCAACAGAGAGGCCCCAGAAGCCAGACCUGCUGUCAAUCAGGAGUGUGAAAGGCAUGCUCAGCGAGACAUCAUUCUGCUUGCAAGUCCUCUGGUAGAACAGGACUUGAAAGUUGAAAAAGAAGGGACCAGCCAAGACAUUCCCAUGUCCUGUUUAAAGAAGGACACAAUAUUUGAGAACCAGCCACCCUCCGUGGAUGGGAGUUCUCGCACAGGGGCUGGGGCCGCCGAGCUUGCUCCGUUCAGAGACGGGACUGGCGUUUCCACAGGGCCUAGCCUGGAGGGUGCUCAGGCUCAGUUGCCAUGCCAGCGUCUCAAGAUCUAUAUCAAGUGCAUCAGGAGCCUCAAGGACAAGGUCCCCCAAGGCUCAUACUUCCUCAGAGUGUCCCUGCUUGAUCGUCCAGGGAGUGGUGUACUGCAAGAGUGGCAAACAGGGCAGAUGAAGGCAAGAACACGGGCGGUUCGUCACGGGGGACACUUCUAUGAGGUGGGGCUGUGCUGGCAGGAAAGCCUCUCUGUGGUACUUCCCCAAAGGAAAGCUGUGAUAAUGGGCUGGACAUUCCUCUUUGAACUUGUCCUCCAUCGUGGGAAAUACACUUAUCCUGACCAAGUUGUGGGCUGGGCACUCUUUCCUGUGUGUGACAACAACUUCCAUGUUGUAGAGGGAAAAUUCAAGUGUCUCCUUCUGAGAGGACAUUAUGACCAGAAAUUGGCCAGCUUCAGGAAAAUUGAAGAUUUGAUUUGCCAUGACUUGGACCACUGGCUGUGCAAUCUCUAUUUUCAGGUGAACAAACUUCCUUUGCCUCCAGAUGAUCAAAAAAGCCAUGCUCAACUUUCACCUGAAUUGCCUGGGAAAAUGGUGAGAACGGAGGAAGAGAAAUUAGGAGCAGAUAAUACAGCUUGCGGCUUGGAUGAAGACGCCCAAGUGUUGAUGGACAAUGCCCUGCACUCUUCUCAGGGGAGCCUAUGUAAUAAAAUUGAGCCGUGCCCUAGGGACUGUGAUCUUCACCUUUUAAAAGAAGUCCACGGAUUAGACUCUGAGGGACAUCACUGCAGUAGUCAUUCUGUGAAGAAAGAAUCACCUGUGUGCAGACCUGGAGAACUCGAAGAUUUUCCUCAGGAUUCAUCUUACUUGGAGGAACUGGAGAAACACAGAUACUCAGUCUGGGUAAUUCAAGACUUUCAUCUCUCUGACUUCUUCAUGUUGGAACGCAAAAGAUCUCAGCACGAUUUGGAAAACGAGCGCAGUGUGGGUGCAGAAGGUCCUCCCCACAGACACCACACGGAUUCACUCGGGGGGAUGGAGAAUGAGAUCAUCAUCAAAACUUGUACAAUUGCCUUUUCAUUCAUUCUGUUGACAGUCCCUUUUCCCAAAGUGCUGCCAUUUGAUGAGAUUGGCAGCAUCCGAUGUCUGGAUGUGGUCCAGGUUUUCCUCGUAGAGAUUUUGACGCCAUCAUUUGACUUGGAGUGUGGUUCUCUGGUGGCAUUCAUGGAGAAGGGCCACCCCAACCUGACCAGUCCUUCGAAGUACGCCUCAGGAAACACUGUUUUGUCAAAAGACUUUCCAAGCCUUCUGGAUAAUGGGAAGUCCAAGGUGAAGGUGUUGGUCGAUGCAGUGUCUGAGGAAAUCAGAAUUCUUGAUUAUCUUAUUUUAUCAUUACAGCGCUGUUCUUCUUCCGCGGCUGUGACCAGAGGCAGUGGGUCUGGGGAGCUCUUCAAGCAUCUUUAUUUUGCCUGGGUGUCGUUUUCUUCCGGGCUUGAAUUAGCACAGUGGAAGAGCCAGGGCUUUUGGUACCUCAUUCUGCUGAUGACAUCUCUCUGGUUCCUGCGGCUCUAUCUGCAUUACCUGGGCCAGUGGCUGUUCCUUCAGGCCAUUUCAACCCCAGUUACAAAAUUCCAUUUUCACCCCCACACCGUUGAUCUCUGUUACCCAACUUCUUCACUCCUUGCUGGCGAGGAGCUGGCUGUGAUUGUGGUGGGGCCUUUAAUGCUGAACGCAGUCAUAUUUCUUUUGCUUCUGAUCAGAUGGGGCUGUCAGCUACUGUUUUCCUCUAGCCUGGAUGCCUUGUCAAAACUCAUCAUUACGAUGGGACUAUGGACAGUUCUGGACCCAUUGGCAGUGUUUAUAGUGGAUAUUUUCCUGGGGCGGUUUACACGUAGUGAGGAGGCGCCCACCGCAGAUGCAGCCAAGCUCUACUGGCUCUUCGUGAACAUCCAGCAGCCGCCCAUUCUUGGUGCUGUGAUCACAGUGGGCGUGUACGUCCUUCUGUCCAUCAUCACCUCCUUGAUUGUGUAUCUGUACUGUCUCAGGCUGAAUAAUGACUCUUGGAUAUUAGAUGUCCUUCAGAGAAUCCACAGUGAAGAAACCAAGUUCUUUAUUCCACAUGAUUUGGAAAUUUCCAACCAGGAGCUGAGCUCUAUAGUGAAGAGAGCAGAGCAAUGGAGAGGACUCAACGGUGAGAGAAGGAAGGUGGCAGUGUAUGAUUACAUCUGCAGCAGCCAUGGCACCAAGUCCAGUGUCUCCAGCUGUGACCUCCGACAUCCAAUCUCCGCAUCUGCCCUUGGUCCUGGAGAAGUUAUUUCUCACGUAUCCGUGUACAACGUCUAUCCCAGUGGGUUUCAAGAGCUGCACCGUCACUUUCUCAGACUCCCAGAUGGCACUAUUGUUGAGGUGUUUGGUGAUAUCAGUGCCUUGACAUUUGUCCCCUGUGACGUGGUCAUGGCAAUUGAGGAGCACAUAAGAGAAGUGGACACUGUGCAGAGAGAAACUGCUGCUGCCCAUGAAGAAGAAUGGAAAGGGACCAAAGACAGAAGAUGCCCAUUCCGCUGA